UUCGACUCCCGCGAGAAAUCUCACUCCGGGCGAGCGAGCACCCUCCGAGGCGCGAUGACGCGCCGAGACUCCUCUCCUGGAAUGUCAACGAUUUCUCGCGUAACACCCAGUCGACCCGACGAACGACCGCGAGUCGGAAGACCUCGAGAUACUUGAAAUGUUUGGGCGAUAGCGAGAGAAGCGCGCCAAGAUGUUGAUCAAGGAGUACAGGAUACCUCUGCCUCUCACGGUAGAGGAGUACAGGAUCGCCCAGCUCUACAUGAUAGCGAAAAAAUCCAGGGAGGAGAGCAAAGGAGCUGGCAGCGGCGUAGAAAUUAUAGUGAACGAGCCCUACACCAACGGUCCCGGAGGAAAUGGACAGUACACCCACAAGAUUUACCACGUGGGAAGCCACUUGCCAGGGUGGUUCAAAAGUCUAUUACCGAAGUCGGCCCUCACGGUCAAGGAGGAGGCAUGGAACGCCUAUCCUUACACGAAGACCAGGUACACCUGUCCCUUCGUCGAGAAGUUCUCCCUGGAAAUAGAGACGUAUUACUACCCCGACAACGGCCAUCAGGAGAACGUUUUCAAACUCAGCGGAAGCGACCUGAGGAACAGGAUCGUAGACCUGAUCGACGUCGUCAAGGAUCAACUCUACGGUGCCGAUUACGUGAAGGAGGAGGAUCCUAAAUUAUUUAUCUCGGAGAAAACGGGGAGGGGACCUCUCAGCGAAUCUUGGCUGGCGGACUAUUGGGAUGACGUCAAAGGUAAAACUCAACCAACGCCUUCAGGGAAGGCCCUGAUGUGCGCCUACAAGCUCUGCCGAGUGGAGUUUCGGUACUGGGGAAUGCAAACGAAGCUGGAGAAGUUCAUCCAUGACGUAGCUUUAAGAAAAACGAUGUUACGAGCGCAUCGUCAAGCAUGGGCGUGGCAGGACGAGUGGAACGGUCUUACGAUGGAAGACAUCAGAGAGAUCGAAAGGCAAACGCAGCUGGCGUUGCAGCAGAAAAUGGGACUUGGAGAGGAUGCAGGUGAAGACGAUGAAGCACCUUCCGCGGUUAACACCGCUGCGACGCCUCAAGAGUCGGACGUGGCGAAGACUUUGGCCGCGACUCUUGGGAGCAUCGAGAAGAACGAGGAUCUUCAAAGUCCACCCUCUAUGAGAAAACCGUCGGACAUUCCCAUUAUUAAUACCGCAGUGAGUUCCGAGGGUGAGAUCAGUCCGGAAGACUCGCCGACCGAAGUCGCCGCGCCUAGGCCAGUGGAAAGAGCGGUAGACGAAAAGGCAGGGAGUAAAAAAGACUGGAAGCGAAGCAACCAAACGAUACCAUCUCCUAGCUCGGCGAAGAGCUUUGACAUUCAAAUUGCCAAUUGGCGAAUGGAGAGUAUCGUCAGGGAGUCGGAGUCCGGGAGCGAAGACGAGUUCUUCGACUGUCAAGAGGACUUUGGAGAUGGUACGGUAUUGGCUAAAUGGAGUUCUCUGGAUCUUCUAGCUGAAGAGGAGGACGCCACUUCGCCUGCGACAACGGUAGCUCAUAAACAAGCGGAGGACACCAUAUUUUCACAUUCAUAUCUGCAACGAGUGGCCAGCGAGCGAAGCAGCAAGCGAUUACUUAUGCGACCUUCGACGAGCAUCGACGUCUCUUGCCCGACGUCGCCUCAACUCUCCCCGACGCAUCAGCCCUGCAAGAUUACGGUCCUAAUAAUCGUGAUGCACGCUGGCAGUGUCUUAGAUGCGAAUGUAGACCUAACCGCGAAGAAGUCAGACAUUACGACGUUCAAGGGAGCUUUCGAGUCGGUCAUGAGGCAACACUAUCCGAGCAUGGUCGGUCACAUCGCCAUCAAGUUCGUCUCGUGCCCCUCGAUAUGCACGGAGAGCCUUGGCAUUUUAUCUAGUCUGAGUCCGUACAGUUUCGACGUCUCGCCUUCGUGUACGGACACUCCACAAGUUACCCAUGACACUAUCCCGAUAGGAGCCAUUCCGUUACUGGCAAGUUCGACGCCGGAUUACCAGGACGCCGUAACUCGCGUCGUCACCGGGGCGAAUCAGAUCUAUCAGGAGUUUGUAAAGAGCGAGGAGGGCAGGGGUUUUAGCGGGCAGAUUUGCAUCGUCGGUGAUUCCGUGGGAUCGAUCCUAGCCUACGACGCGCUGUGCCGAUCUUCUCAGUAUCAAUCAAGACACGACAGUGAAAAUAGUAUUUUAGAGAAUGACAAUCAAGGGGCGGAAAAUAAUGGCGGGUACGAGGACGGUAAGCACCUGAUCGCGCCUCCACCUCGAAGGAGAUCUUCCUCGACAAGCGAUAAUUCGCAUCAUUGCAAGCUGGACUUUGACGUCAAUGAGUUCUUCAUGUUUGGCAGUCCACUGUCUCUGGUGCUCGCGUAUAGAAAAAUUUCGUGCAGCGGGGAUAAAAGCAGUAACAUACCUAAACCUACGGUGAAUCAAGUGUACAACUUGUUUCAUCCUACCGACCCGGUUGCUGCCAGGGUAGAGCCACUGAUCUCCGCAAGGUUCUCCUUUCUCCCCCCGGUGAACGUUGCUCGGUACCAGAAGUAUCCGCUCGGUAAUGGGCAGCCGUACCAUUUGCUAGAGACAAUCCAGACAAAUCCUCAAUUGUUCGCGGACGGUCUGAACGUUCCUACCGCUUCAAUGCCACAUCUGAGAAGGCUCUCCGAUAUAUCGAUCCAGAGCACUAUGUCCGGGAUUAUCGAUAACGUGCCACUGCAGGCCGUAUCGGCCCUGACGCAGAAAUGGUGGGGCAACAAAAGAAUAGACUACGCGCUGUACUGUCCCGAGGGUCUCUCCAAUUUUCCCACGAACGCGUUACCUCAUUUGUUCCAUGCCAGUUACUGGGAAUCCUCCGAUGUGAUUGCGUUUAUAUUAAGACAGUUGGGCAGAUUUGAUUUGCCCAUUCUUAGCAACGAGGAGAAAGAACUAACGUGCUUCCGUCCAGGCCAGCCCAGGGAAAAGUGGAAUAAAAAGCGUACCUCCGUCAAGCUUAAAAACGUUGCAGCGAAUCACAGAGCUAACGACGUUAUAGUCAGGGAGGGUGCUCCUCAAACUCUAGUCGCUAGGUUCAUGUACGGUCCUAUAGAUGUUAUUGCAUUGACAGGUGAGAAAGUAGACAUUCACAUUAUGAAAGACGCGGCAGCCGGCGAGUGGAGUUUUCUGGUUACCGAGGUAACCGACAAAACCGGAAGAAUCACAUACAGGAUCCCCGAUGAAAAAGCAUUAGGGUACGGGAUAUAUCCGGUUAAAAUGGUCGUGAGAGGCGACCACACGUCCGUGGACUUUUUCUUAGCUGUGAUACCACCGAAAACGGAAUGCGUAGUCUUCAGUAUCGACGGCUCGUUUACUGCCAGUAUGUCCGUCACCGGAAGAGACCCUAAAGUCAGAGCUGGGGCCGUCGAUAUAGUCAGGCAUUGGCAGGAACUAGGCUACUUAAUAAUUUACAUCACCGGAAGGCCCGACAUGCAGCAGCAAAAGGUCGUCUCUUGGCUGUCGCAACACAAUUUCCCGCACGGUCUCGUGUCCUUUGCUGAUGGACUUUCGACGGAUCCUCUGGGGCACAAAGCCGCUUACUUGAAUAAUUUAAUUCAGGUGAGCGGAGUGCAUAAUUAUUCGGAGCACGGAGUUAUAAUCCACCAUGCUUACGGCAGCAGCAAAGACAUCAGCGUUUACACGGCUAUUAAUCUGAAGCCGAAUCAAAUUUAUAUCGUGGGCAAAGUCUCGAAGAAGCAUCAGCCUUUGGCCACGGUACUUCACGAGGGCUACGCCGCCCACCUGAGCGCACUUCAAGCUCACGGGGGCUCAAGACCCGCUCAGGGCAACGCUCGGAUGGUCAUUCCUCGAGGUCACUUUGGCCUACCCGGGCAAAAUUCGUCGCUUCGACGAAGAAGCUCAUUUAGAUCGGCGAAACGCGCGAUCUCGCACCCACCAGCGGGGAAGUCCUACUCCUUGGAGAGAAGUACCAGCGUGGAGCCCCCGUCGUCCUCGAAGUCGGCGCCUCCUGUGCCGAAGACCUCGCCAGCGACUUCUGAAAGGCUCUGACGAUUCGCCCGUUGCUGCUCGUUCUUCGAGUCCCGGCAGGGAGGGCAAGGAUAAUUGGAUAUCUUCAUCCAGAGGACAUCCUUCGAGGCCUGGGAGUCCUGGGGAAGAAGUCAAGGAGAGUAAAGGAGAUCUCGAGGCUGCUCUUCACUUGGGAGAGAUCGCUUCGUCGAGGACCGCAUGUCCUGUCGCGAAAAGCAUCUACUGCGAGGCCUUCGUCGACGUCGCUAUCGGCGUAUCCUGCAGCAAGGACCUCGCCCGGGGAAGCAAGUUUGCCCGAAGGAAGAACGAUCGGAAAACGGACGUCGUAGUUUACUUUUAAAUAUUAACGAGAGGCCAAGGAGGUCCUGAAGCGGAGCCGACCGACGCCGAAGAGGGGCGCUUGCGAGGAAACGGGACAUUUAUUUUUUAUACAUAGUCUAUCCGGACUGCCUGGACGAAUCCCAAGGGAGAGGGCAAGGGUCGACCGAUAUCCGACCAGGAAUCGCGCGCGAACGGUUUCUUUGACGCUUGAGAUAAACUCCACUUUUCCAUUUCAAUGACGGGCACCGUUAAGGAAUUCUUCCCGGGGAAGUUCUACGGAGUGCACGCGGUUGGGGCUCUCGUUUAGGACACUUUUCGAUAUGACGCGAUCGUUAGGGAAGAAAAAGUGCGUUUAUCUCAAACAUUAUGCAACGCAGUUACGAUCUUUUCGCUUAACAUGGCUUGACGGCGAUCGGACUCUUCUUCGACCUCGGCAAGGAGGUCCGAAGGACGUCAUCCGCGAGACGUGUGGUCGGUACCGAUACGGCGAAGGACGAAGAGACACUCGUUGAUACCGUUACCUGAAUCCCACUGUUGUUACUAAGAUUAAACCGUAAGGAAGCUCGUCGGGAAGAGUAGAAGAUGCUCCUCCAGUCGCUCGUCGGCCGAUGGGCGGUGACGAGAGGUCGGAUGUUUAAUUACAGUUGUAAUUCGGUAAUCGGACCAUAUGUUUGAUGUACUUUGACCCAUUCGUUGAAUCCCUACCCUCGAAUCCCUUUGUUUCAACUCGAUCCUCUCUGGCAACGUAUCUCUCUCGGAUCUAGCAAGAAAAGUUCGUUAAAAUCAAGCGGAACGUUGUAUGGUCUAAUUACUCAUUCACAGAGGUAAGUAAAUUACGCGAGGAAAAUGAUUUUCUAAUGUAGAGUCAGCAAGGUGUCCGCGACCGUAUUAAUUUAGAGACGGAAAUUUGCUGCCUCUCUAUUAGUAAAAUUAUCCGUUCACGAGUAAUAUGCUCUGGUCAAGAAUCAUGGUGAGCUACGCGUAAUGCCUUUGAAUUUUCACCGUGGGUGCAUUCUGUAAGGGAAGUCGAUAACGAUACGGAAGGUCCAAAGUAUGUAGAAAUGGUUACAUCGCACGAGGCGAAUCAGCUUGAAACAUACUUCGUUCACUCUCCACUUCUUUGAGAACGUGAACCGUAGUUAUAAAUGGAUAAGGAAUAUUUUAAGGCAAUUGUUAUCGUGUUUUUUGCUCUCACACCAUAUCGGUUGCUAUCUAAUGUUUUGUACUCGAAACAAUCUUGGGACUGGAGAAACGGAGAUCGUAGGAGGAAAGAGUCGUUAUUGGUGAACGUUCUAAAAAAUACGUAAAGAAUGCACUCGACGAACUUGGUUCGUUUCGUGUCGCCUUAAUAUGGACGUACCGAGCAAAGUGUCGUUGCCGUUGAUCCUUUAAAGAAGAAGCAUUACGUGUCGCUCCACAUUGUAUUUGCUAUGACGUAUCGCGAUGUGUAAGAAGUAAUACCGUAAAAUGCAUAUUGACUGUUUGUAUUGUUGUAAUAUGAUACGAGAGUAGCUG